GAGAAAAACAAGAAGCAGGUGAGAUUUUGACUUGAGCAGACGACAUUUGUUUCAGACACUUUCUCUUGGCUCAGUUGGAGACUAGACAUCACAAACAAGAGAGUGAGUUAGAGUUGGAAAUCGAGAUCAACUUGGAUGAGGGAUGCAAGAUGCUUGAUGAGAAACAUGAGAAAAACAAGAAGCAGGCCCUUGAUUCCCAGAAGGCAAAGUUUGAGCGAAUGCUCUCCGAAGGUGACGAGAGCUUCAGUACAGAAGAAAAGGAAAAGUUUGCAGCCACACAUCAGAUGGUCGUGGAAUCGACCAUCUGUAACAUUGAACUGGAAAGCGAGUUGCAGAAACAAGAACUGCAGUCAAAGAUUGCAAGGCAGAAAACAGUCAAAGAUGAACAUUUGAAGAAAAGCCAUCGAUUAACACUGGUAAAGAAACUAUUGCUUGCUCAGAAAGAGCGAAACAGAUUCUUGUACAACUACCUGAAAGAAGAUGUUCUCGACAGUAUCAAGCAGAUGGCUGAGGUAAAGUUUAAGGACCUUUUAGCCUGGCCUCUAUUGUCACACUGGAGAAUUUAUUCCCCAGAUUUUGGAGAAUCGGGCCAGCUUUCCAACUUACCAAACUGA